AUGGUUACAUUGAAUUCGAUUGAGGAUCUGUUUAACAUGCAGGCGAUGUGUAAGGUGUUCCUGGGUGUGGCGAGUUUAGAUGCUGUAUACAAGCAUGCGACAAUGUCGUAUAAACCGUUAGUGUACUUUUUAAUUUACCUCGACAGGCCUGAAAGGAGAUUCCUUGAUCGCUGCGUGGAAGUAGGAAAUGUGGAUGCUAUACUCUGGCAGGGGUUCAUGGAGUAUUUCCAGUUUGACUGCCGUGACAAAGGGAUGGAACUGCUUUCUAGGGCCUCAACAGAGGACAGCGUUGAAGCCGGUUACUUGUGUGUCAUGUGCCUACUGUGCGGACACGAAGACAAAGACGAAGUGCAAAGGGGUGUUCAAAUGAUUGAAGUUAUCCAUACUUCUGGGCAGGUCUAG